GUUUACUGGAUAUCGGAAACGAUUAGUGAGUGGAGUGCAGACCAGGAUGGAUCAAGCACUGUAGAGUAAUAGUGCCUCACACCUGACAUGGAAUUACAUUGGAGUUUUUUGAGCAGGAAAUAAAUCAGAUAUUGCAAACAUUCUGAAAUGGAAGUUGAUUGUUGAAAAUGGUGAACCUCAUUAGCAGAUGUGGCCGUGACUGAAUUUGUGACUCAUUGUUGGGAUGAUGUUAUGUCGGAUACCUUCACAAUCUGUCACUGCAGAGGGCUGUUUUUGACUAUGGCAACUUUGGGGGAGGAGUCAAGUCCCAGUGUCACCGCCCCUGCUGAUACCACAGGCUCCGCCUCCAGUCCACAGAGUGAUGCCGUAACCAAUGAGCUGCAAGAACUGUCUCUUCAGCGCGCCCCCAACUUGCUUCCUAUUCAUGAGCGGAAGAAUGUGCUUCAACUCAAACUUCAGCAGAGACGGACUCGAGAAGAACUGGUUAACCAGGGGAUCAUGCCACCACUGAAAAGUUCUGCAUCCUUUCAUGAGCAGAGACGAAGUUUAGAACGAGCUCGGACCGAAGACUACCUGAAGAGAAAGAUCCGCAGUCGUCCAGAGAAGUCAGAGCUGGUCAGGAUGCACAUUCUUGAAGAGACGUCAGCAGAGCCGUCUCUACAGGCCAAGCAGCUUCUGCUGAAACGAGCUCGUCUAGCUGACGAUCUGAACGAUAAAAUCUCCCAGCGACCCGGACCGAUGGAGCUCAUUCACAAAAACAUCCUUCCAGUGCACAGCAGCCUCAAACAAGCCAUCAUCGAGACGGAGUUUCCAAAAGUAGAAGUGGGGAGCUCUUCGUUUGACGAGGAAAGCAGUGACGCGUUCUCACCGGAGCAGACACUUCAUCAGGACUCUCCCCUCGGUCAAGGACACUUACCUUUUCCACCUGAGAUACCGGCCAAUGAAACAACACCAAAACAGGUCCCGCCCCCUCCUCCUCCUCCUCCUCCACCACCACCACCACCGCUGCUAAACACAGCUGGCCCCGCCCCUCAGCAAAAACUAACCAAUGGAACAACAGGCCACAAGCAAGCUCCUGCACUACAAAAGGGUGGUAAAGUGGGUAGUGAGCGCCCUAUUCAGCGCUCUAAGAAGGUGAGAGACAACAAACCAAAGGUGAAGAAGCUGAAGUAUCACCAGUAUGUUCCUCCAGACCAGAAACCCGAUCGUGAGCCUCCACCUCUGCUCGACGACUCCUACGCCAAACUCCUCUAUCAACAGCAGCUCUUCCUCCAGCUGCAGAUCAUCAACCAACAACAGCAAAACUACAACUACCACACCAUCCUGCCUGCUCCACCCAAUUUUGUUGUGCUGUACCGCUUGUGUCUGGUGACCUCUCCUCUUACCCAGCUCUCCUUGCAACCUUCUCCUCCUCUCCCUUCCACGGUCCGCAUUAAAGAGGAGCCCGGCAGCCGGACGUCUCCAUCCUCCUGCUGUCUGGUGUCCCAGUCUGCGGCACCCCUUAUAGACAAGGACCAACGAAUAAAAAUGGGAAACUUCAGGAUGAGCAGUUGUGAAACCGUGACCUCUCCUCUUACCCAGCUCUCCUUGCAACCUUCUCCUCCUCUCCCUUCCACGGUCCGCAUUAAAGAGGAGCCCGGCAGCCGGACGUCUCCAUCCUCCUGCUGUCUGGUGUCCCAGUCUGCGGCACCCCUUAUAGACAAGGACCAGAUGCUGCAGGAGAAGGACCGGCGCAUUCAGGAGCUCACACGCAUGCUGCUGCAGAAACAGCAGCUGGUCGAAUCUCUGCGCUCGCAGCUGAAGGGCAAGCGUGUGGGCGCGCCGGUCCGAGUGAAAGAGGACCUUCCUGGUGUCACUAUGGAGCUGAUCAGAGCGACCGUUAAGGAAGAGGUCAUAGAGGUGAUGGAAGACAGCGAGAUGGUGACAGAGCCGCAGGUGUUCCCGCAGGCAGGGCAGAUGCAGCAGCAAAGGACGGUGACUGCAAUAGAGCUGGAGCAGGACCAGCAGCAGCUUAUAAUGCAACAGAAUCGGCGCAACCUGCAGCAACAAGUACAUCAGAGGAAGAGGAAAACACAAAAACAACAGCACAACCAACAAAAACAACAGUUGCCUCAAGCACUUACCAACCAGCAGGCAAGUCCUGUUUCUUCAUUCCCAGUGGAUGUACUGGACUCGAACUCCACCCCCACCAUAGUGACCGACAGCAAUGGCAACCAGUUCCUGCUAACACUGUCGAAUCAAAACACAGAGACACGGGCCAGAGGCCGCCGCGCCCAGAACAAAAGACUACAGUCUACACCCACCAUGUUUACCAACCAAUCCGUGACUGAAUUCCUUAACAAAAACAACCAAUCAGAACAGCCCAUACAAACCGUCAUUUUGAAACAGCCAAUCAAAAAGGCACUAAAGCCAGACCUAAAUGUGACGACCAAUUACAAAGCAUCAAGCUGCACAUCCAUCUCAUCACCAGCCAACAUCCAACCGUUCCUCUCUCCAGUGGAUUCCAUGAACGACACUGAACCCGUCCCCUCAUCUCCCAACAACAACAACGCACUAAAGCCAGACCUAAAUGUGACGACCAAUUACAAAGCAUCAAGCUGCACAUCCAUCUCAUCACCAGCCAACAUCCAACCGUUCCUCUCUCCAGUGGAUUCCAUGAACGACACUGAACCCGUCCCCUCAUCUCCCAACAACAACAACGAGGAGAUGUGUGUGAGUUUGGACCAGCAUGCUUUGCUCUCUCCUUCCACCUUGUGUUCGCCCAUAGCUCUUUGUCAUCAGGAGAAUGGCUGCCAUCAUCAGGUUGAUGACCUGUUUGACAUCCUAAUUCAGCAUGGAGAAAUCUCUGAGAAUUUCAAAGCCGCACCUGAUCCUGUUCUCGAAAGGCUUCGGCCGAACACGCCACUUUCCUCAAGCUCCUCCCCUCUCGGUCUGUCCCGUCCUCCUGAUAUGCCCCUCAAAACUUUAAUUUUAGAACCUCAGCCUCCUUCAAUUAAGACGCACGGCAACUGUGACACAGGAGGUGGGCGUCUUGAAGAUUUCCUGGAAAGCACUACUGGCAAACCUUUGCUGGGAGUGGAGCCAGGAGGACCAACGACGCUAAUUGUUGACCUCCACAACCAAAUGCUCAGCACACCGAGUAUCCUAGACCACCCACGUUCCCCAAUGGAUACAUGUGACAUGAGUUUUUCCAGUCACUCGCCUUCAGAUUUGAUAGACUCCGCCCCAGAUCCUAUGGAUUGGCUGGAGCUCGGAAUGGGCGGGACUGGAGGGGAGGGGCCUGGGAUGGUACAUAUGAAUGGACACAGCUCCUCUAGCUUAUUUUCCACAGACUUUUUGGACACUUCUGAUAUGAAUUGGUCCAGCUUAUAGCUCAUGGGAUAUCGCAGACUGCAAUAUUUUUGGAAGGGCCUAUUGUGGAUUAGCUUCCUUCGCAUAGUACAGUUUAUAUUUGUUUCCACCAGUGAGUUUUCCAGUUUGGAUUCAAGUAUGGAUUUUCGGAAUACUAACUUAAAUUGGAUUAUGUUACAUAUUGACAGACUUUAUCCUUCACCUUUGCUUGCACUAAUGCUCACACCCCUGAUAGCACACAUAUGUCACAGAGCCGUUUACAUAUCGUUUUUAUCUGGGUGUCAUUUGUUCAUCUGAAACACUUUGCUUAACCCUUUUAAAUUUGGAUAUUAGAACAAGAUAUUUUUGUGUUUUUAUCAUUUAAAAUACUCUUAUAUUAAUGACACUUACGUGAAACGAGAUGCUUUCUAGAUGAUGGACUCUUUGAAACGUCUCGGUGAUGUAUGUGUGCUUAUGGAAAUAUCCCCUGAUUUUGCAUCAGUUUUAGCAAAUUAAUUCACUAAGUGCAGCUUUUGAGUUUCAUUCACCUUUAAAUUUGAUUAUGUAGCAUUAAAGGAAUAGUUUUUCUGAUUUUACCUGCUUUACCAAAUAUAGCUAGUAGACUUGUACAUAACUCAAUAGCUUUGAAAUAUACACCUGGAUUUUAAUAUUUAUAGAAUUGAACCAAUGUUGCUAAAAAUUUUAUAGCAUAAGCCAACAGAUUUUGUAACCCAUUUCUUA